GUUCCCGGCACCUGAUAAAGGUGAGUAUUAAAGCUGGCUGGGCGAGGAGAACUCUUCUGUCACAAUGCUGAAACUACUCAUCACUGUACUGCUGGCGGUUGCCGCCUAUGGGUGUGGGGUUCCCGCCUACGCCCCCAACAACCGUGUGGUGAAUGGGGAAGAUGCCAGACCUCACAGCUGGCCCUGGCAGAUCUCCCUCCAGUAUAAGAGCGGAAAUUCCUUCUAUCACACCUGUGGAGGAAGUCUGAUCGCCCCAAACUGGGUGAUGACCGCCGCUCACUGCAUAUCAUCCAGCCGUACCUACCAGGUGGUGCUCGGGGAACACGAUCGGAGCCUGGCGGAGGGGCAGGAGCAGGUUGUCUCCAUAAAUAAAGGAGACAUUUUUGUCCAUGAGGGAUGGAAGAGCUCCUCCGUGUCCAAUGGGAAUGACAUCGCUCUCAUCAAGCUGUCUCGAGUCGCUCUCCUGAAUAAUGAGGUGCAAUUGGCCUGUCUGCCCCCCGCCGGAGAACUCCUCCCCAACCAGUACCCCUGUUAUAUCAGCGGAUGGGGCCGCCUCACCACCGGUGGAAACCUCCCCGACGUCCUCCAGCAGGCGCUCCUCCCCGUGGCGGAUCACGCCACCUGCAGCCAGCGGGAUUGGUGGGGAAGCACCGUGAAGACCUCCAUGGUUUGUGCCGGAGGAGACACCAAAGCCGGCUGCAAUGGUGACUCCGGCGGCCCCCUGAACUGCCAGGCCGCUGACGGCAGGUGGGAGGUCCACGGCAUCGCCAGCUUUGUGUCCUCCCUGGGAUGUAACUACCCCAAGAAGCCCACCGUCUUCACCCGAGUCUCCGCCUUCAACGACUGGGUCAACGAUAUCAUCAGUAAUAAUUGAUCCGGAGAGGAGAAGAAGGCGGAGUAUUAUGGACGUCCUUCUAUCACUAAUUCCUCCAAUAAACUCUUCUGAUCAGUAA